GUACCACAUACCAUACACCACACGCGGCAGUCGCUGCUGAUCGCUGUGAGUAGACGUAAGACGUAAGUCACAGUCGAACAGUACUAGUGAUUUGAGUAAUACGUAUAUAUCAUUGUCAUCUGUGCGUAUUUCUAAACGACACGAGAGAAUUUCGUUUCCGCAUUUUUUAUCACGACUCCAAAAUGAAGUUGGCUUAUAUGAUCUGCGUGUUACUGGGCAUAACGAUUGGCUCGCUGGUGCUAGUUGACGGUACACCGAUAUCUAAGUUACAAGCAUUUACAACGAGUAGCUUUAUAACGGAGUCACCAUUGACUACUACCAAAAAUGACACAACAACUGCUACGCCAUCGAAAGACACUACUACAGAAUCUACAACUACAUCCAUUACAACUUCAAGCACAUCUAUAACUCCGAGUACUACUACUCCUACACCCUCUCCAAUUACUAAAUCUACAACUACAACUACAACUACUACAAUGCCGCCGCCGACAACAAGCACACCAAUUGCUACGACAUCUACAACUGUAUCCACUAGUACAACUGCAGUAAAAACAACACCUGAACCAACAUCAUCAACACCUCCUCCUUCCAAGGAUCGCCACUUCGAUGGUCUAAGCUUUUUUGGUGGCAUUAUUCUUGCCACAUGUUUGAUGGCGAUCGCCGCGUUUUCGUGGAAAUUCUACAGGCAAUGCAAUGAAAGGAACUACCGUACGCUGUGAUAAGGUGCAAGGCUGUAAUAAACUUUCGAUAACUAAAUGCAGUUAAUCGAAUUAAGAACUACGAAACUUAUUUUAUUGUAAUAAUAUUGCGUAUUUUUAUAACGCAGUUAAGUGUUGCGUGGUUUAAGUGCUCUUAGUAAUGUGAUGUGCAACCACGAGUUCCGUUAUAAUUGCAGAGAAUCAAGUAUCACAUUCAUUAAAACCGAUAAUUAUUUGUAUUUGUAUUUACGCGUUUUAUUAGUAGAUGAAAGAUUGCGAGGAGAAUAAGUUGCACAAAUAAAAACGGGAAGAGAGAAAAGAGGUGAUGGAAAAAAUGGUAGGCAUACUAGAUUUAAUGACCAAUCAAAAAUAUACUUUUCACGAGAGAAAAAGAGAAAGACAUUAGAAGAGUUCUCUAAACAUUAUUUCACUUCUUAUUAGUUUUCACUCAAGCUCUGUGCUACUGUCGAUAAAAUGCAAUUUGUAUCUUUAAUAUAUGGCACAAUAUGUAUAUAAUAAAGUCGCAUAAUAAAGUUAACUUGAGAAAUAUAUAUAUAUGAAAUUGAUACAAAAUAUCUUAGCAUAGAAAUGUUAUUUUAUCGAAUCGAAAUAAAUUUCGAAAAUAUUCCGAUUUCAGAGAGAUGUAUAGCGAUGUAUAAAUAAUGAUAUCGAUUCGUAAUAUGCAUUGGGAAUAUAAUGUGUAUAUCGAGUUGAGCUGCUAUCGAGAAUAUUGGUAAUCGUUAUAUGAUAACAGAGUUAUACGAUAGGUGCGAGCUGAUAACUCCCUUCUUUCUAUGCAGUGGAUAUUUUUGUCGUUGGUCUAACGAUAUAAUAUUUUUCCAGACAAUGCGAUUCAACAUGUGGAUAAUCGUGAAUAAAUAUUUGAGUAAUGUGCUCUAA